GUAAAAUAAAAAUAAUCAUCCUAUACAGAACUGACGUUUACUUCUGGCUUUUCAAACGUGUAUGCAAGUUCUACUUUACUACAACAACAACAAACAUUUCAGUUUUGUCACAGUUAGUCUGUUUGGUUUCUCAUCCAACACGUGAGAAGUUGAUCUGAACAUCCUUCACUGUCUCCUCUUGUGGAGGGCGCGGACAGGUACAGAUACACUCGCGAUAAAGGGACUCUUAUUUUGUGCAGUCGGCUGUUUGCUUCCUGUUAUCUGUGCCUCAGACGUGUAGCUCUGCACUUCCGGCGCUGCUCGGCUGUCCAUGUCCUGCGAACAGAUUUCGAAAUACUUCCACACAAAUGAUAUGAUCGCGAAUGAUUACAACUGUGCAUGCGGGCGUACUUCCGGAAAAAUCGGUCGAAAAAAGACCAAAAACCGGCCAAAAGCCGAUUGCGUUUUUUAAGCGCAAACCGUCCGAUUUAUGGCCUUUCAACCGUCUGUAUAGAUGCAGUAUUACAGAGAAACAGUGUCUCAUCCUGACUUCAGCUCUGAAAUCAAACCCAUCACACCUGAGAGAACUGAACCUGAGCUGGAAUCAAAUAAAAAACACAGGACUGAAUCACUUAUGUGACGUACUGAAGGAUUCACGCUGUAAACUGGAGAGAUUGAGUCUUUGUGUCUGUGGCAUUACAGAUGUUUCUUCUUUAACUCAGUCUUUGACAAACACAAAAGCUCUGCAGUUUCUAAAAGAGAUUGAUCUGAGAGGUAAUAUGAUUGGAGACUCAAAGCAGAAGCUCAUUGAUGUGCUACGAGACUCAAACUGUGAACUGAGUCUCUGAUAGAGAUCCAUCACCGAAAGUCCCAUCAAUCACAAGAAAUACCUCAUUGAGUUAAAUCACCAGAAGCUGAUGAAUGCUGUAUCUCAUAAAGUGAAGUGUUCUUGAGAGGAGCAGUAAACAUCAGCUGAAGAUCCACAGAAGAGCUUCACUACUGUGUCUAUGAGGAGAAAUAAAUGUGUGAUAAAUGUGUAAAUGUGAUCCAUACAGGUGAAGAGACUCAGACUUUACAAUCAAAUAACGCAGCAUGUGUGUUAGAAACAUGAUAUUGAAUGAUUAAUGUUGCUUUAGUAUUCAAGCAGAUGAUCAUUGUGUUUAAUGUAAAGCUGGAACAGAGGAGGAAGAAGCUCAGAUGAGUCUGUCUGGCUCUUCAGUUUAAUAAUAUUUCUAUUAAACUCAUUCAUAAUGAUUCAGAUGUUUAAAUGUGACUGUCAAGUGCAGCACUUAAAUGUGUCAAAAGAUAUAAAGCAAAUCUACAAUGUGUGAAACUUAUCUCAUGUUUUCUACACAUUGUUAUUCUAUUUUACUUUAUAUUUAGUUGUGUCUGUUGUUAAUGUACAGAUAUCCAGUAUAUCGUCUUUGUUCUGUGGAUAGAGUCUCCUUCAUCAAAUCAACUAAACAUUUUCACAAGUUAACAGCAUUUGUGUCUUUCACUCUCCUCUAAAUACUCAAACACAUUUAGUCUUUUUAACACUUUUAUAUUUUCAUGUAAUAAAAUGCCACAUACGGUUAAAAACAAGUGAAAA